CUGUGGGAAGAACACAGAUGUUGCUGCAGCAGCAGAGGAAGAGAAGCCGUAUCGUAAAGAUGGCUGACAGUGGAGUGACAGAUGGAAAUGAGAAGAAAGGUGACAUUGAACGUGCAAAGAAUGAAGGCAAAGAGCUGACCAAAGAGGAGAAGCAGCGGCUAAGGAAGGAGAAGAAGCAACAGAAGAAAAGCAAAGAGAAAAAGGAUGAUAAGGCUAUACAGGAGAGUGGUAAAGAAACUAAGGGUGACAGUUCAGCUGUUUCAGCACCACAGCCUUCAACGCAAUCCACAGCUCAGAAAGCAGUGCCUGCUCCAGUUUCCGUGCCUGCCCCAGAAGCUCCCACCCCAGCAGAAAAGCCUCCUAAGAGUAAAGCUGAACUAAAAGCUGAACGGAGAGCUCGGCAAGAGGCCGAGAGGGCCAGCAAACAGAGCAAGAAAGGAGAUCCGGGACCACAAGGUGCUGUGAGCAAAUCGAAAGCAGCCACGAAUGAGCUGCAGCCAGUAGUAAAAAGGCUGCCAGAACAUAUUCAAGUGGAUAAUCCAGACGUGUUAAAGAAAUUGGCCAAGAAGCUGGAAAGGCAACAGACACCAGGGCAAAAUUCUGCUAAAAAGAUCCCACUACGCUUAGACUAUGGCUACAAAGUCAGCUUGUUUUCUCAUCUGCACCAGUACAGUCGCAAAGCUCCGCUAACACAGCAACUCAGCAUUCCUUCAACGGUGAUUCAUCCUGCUAUUGUGCGACUGGGCCUCCAGUACUCCCAGGGCAUUGUGGCUGGAUCCAAUGCUCGCUCCAUUGCCCUGCUGCAUGCCUUCAAACAGGUAAUAAGGGACUACACUACACCUCCAAAUGAGGAGCUGUCUAGAGACUUGGUCAACAGACUGAAACCUUAUAUUAGUUUUUUGAACCAGUGUCGCCCUCUGUCAGCCAGCAUGGGCAACGCCAUCAAAUAUGUCAAAAAAGAAAUCUCCAAUAUUCCCAGUCAAUGCAAGGAAGAAGAGGCAAAACGCAAACUGCUCUUCUGCAUCGAGUGGUACAUCAAAGAAAAGAUCAUUCUUGCUGCUAAAGCUAUAGCAGAGUCCUCCAUAGAAAAGAUUAGUGAUGGAGACGUCAUCCUCAUUUAUGGAUGCUCUUCUCUGGUCAACCACAUCCUCUGUGAGGCCUUGGAGAAGAACAGGAAGUUUCGCGUUAUAGUUGUAGACAGCAGGCCUCGGCUUGAGGGCCGGGAGGCUCUGAGGCGUCUGGUACAGAGAGGGAUCAGUUGCACAUAUGUCCUUAUCUCAGCUGUGUCUUACAUUCUUCCAGAGGUAUCGAAGGUGUUCCUCGGAGCUCACGCCCUUUUGGCUAAUGGUUACGUCAUGUCUCGAGUGGGAACUUCACAAAUAGCUCUGGUGGCCAAAGCCUUUAACGUGCCUGUGCUGGUUUGUUGUGAGACCUACAAGUUCUGUGAGAGGGUGCAGACGGACUCAUUUGUAUCCAAUGAACUGGAUGACCCCGAUGACCUCAUCGUGACACGCAAUGGGCAGACCCACCUGGAGCACUGGCAGCAGGAGCCCCCUCUGGGUCUGCUGAACCUCGUCUAUGAUGUGACUCCUCCUGACUUUGUGGAUCUGGUCAUCACAGAACUGGGAAUGAUCCCGUGCACUUCUGUCCCCGUGGUGCUGAGGGUCAAAAACGUCGAUCAGUGAGCGCCCUCCUUAUCGGCUUAUGUGAUGCGCAAGGUCGUGCUUUUAGCAUGCAAUAAAUGUAUAUCUGAAAUGGCAUACACUUUUAAA